GUGCGUCAUGCGUGGUUCUGUCUGUGUGGUAACAAUCUCGGACCAGAAAAAUUAGGAUAACAUAAACAAAACAAAUACGAUCUGGAUCACCUAAGCACAAACCAGUAAUCAAAGAGUAUGUAAUGACUACGUUAUACCAGUAAUCUGCAUCGGAUACUGAUAGCACCGACCAGAAAAAGAAGUGAUAGGUAGCAGUUCUUGGCACAGACCAGUGGUGCUUAUAGGAAAGAUGUCCAAUAUUACUGUGAAGAGAAGCAAGGGACCUUUAGUAGAUCCUGCUUUGUGCAGAUGCUGCCACUCUAUAAAAAAAUGUCGCCUUCUUACCUCGGAGUACGAAUUCAUGGGUGCCAAGGAGGUGUAUUCUGAUAUGUUUAUGGAUAUCUUUGGUCUCCUGCUGUCUCACCUGGACGGGGACAACACGGAGUGCGGUAUAUGCGCCACCUGCGUGUGUCGACUGCGGGAAGCCGCUGACUUCAGGAAGCAAGUGCUGCAAUCAGAGCAGAUGUUCCUCGAGGCGCGUCUCCGGGAUAACGACAGGAACGUAAAGUUGGAAGUGAAAACUGAAGCGGCGUGCGACUCCGACGCGCGCGAUGCCGCUGACGACGCCGCUGAUCGGAAUGAUGAUUCAGAAAUGGAUUCACAAAUGGACGAAACAACGAAAGUGGAAGACGUCAACAAUGCACAGAAGUCAAUGAAGAGUACUAGAAAUGGCCACAAACUGAAAGUAAAAGAGCAUUUGAGAACGGGCAAGAUGCAAAACCUUCACAGAAGGCUGGGCAAAAUGUUGAAACCAGAAUCACCCGCAGAGAAAUCUCAGGCGAAAAAACAGGCGGAUGCCCUGGACCAAAACCGCAUGGCUCUCAGCAACACCGUCACUAUAGUGAACUGUUCGUACGUCUGUCCGUUCCACAAUCGAAUAAGCUUCUACUAUUGCUUCUAUUGUAAAGACCAAUUCACGAACCCAUCGGAACUAAGAGACCACACAUUAUCCCACGAUCCCACAGAACUCUUCGAGAAUUCCAUAGAGAAUAAAAAGAUACCGAAAAUCGAUAUCACCAGAAUCGAUUGUAGGUUAUGCCCCGAAAGAAUCGACGAUCUCGACACAUUCAAGAACCACAUCACCGCACAACACCAGAAGGUCCUUUAUCCUGUCGCGAACGAGUUUUUGAAAUUCAAAUUGACACUAAACAAUCUAACUUGCACCGAGUGCGGUGCCGUGUUCCCUUACUUCGAUUCCUUGAAGAAACACAUGGUCGAUCACUUCGGUACUUACACUUGCGACGUGUGCGGCGCGUGCUUUCUGGAGCACGCGUCCUUGCGCACGCACAUAAAGUCCCACAACAAAGUGGACGCGAACUUCCCCUGCGAGAUAUGCGGCAAGAAUCUGAAGUCCAAGUACAGCAUGGGGCUGCACGUUGCGACGGUACACGAGAAGAAACCCACGGUCAACUGCUACAAAUGCGACGCGGCGUUCCUCUCGUACGCGUUACGCAACCGCCACCUGAUCGAGGCGCACGGCGACAAGCGCACGUUCCCUUGCAAGCUGUGCGACAAGGUGUACAACCGCCGGAAAACCUUGAUAGAGCACCAUCGGCGGAACCAUUUGAAGGUCUUCAACCAUCAGUGCGAGCUGUGCGACCAGCGGUUUUAUUUGCCGUCUCGUUUAAAAGAGCACAUGGCCACUCAUACUGGGGAAAGGAACUUUAGAUGCGAGUUCUGUGACAAGAGCUAUCCGAGGCUCCAAUCUCUGCAGGAACAUGUCAGGUCCCACAGUAGCGACAGACGAUAUAAAUGCGAUAUGUGUAAUACGACGUUCGCUCAGAGCGGCAGUUUGAAAAGUCAUAUGAAAAACCACCACAAUGUCUUCGAUUUGGAUGUUAGCGAAGGUUUCUAAAGUCAAUUUUUUAGGUUUCCGUACCUCAAAAGACGGAACCCUUAUGUGAUCACUUUGUCUGUCUGUCCGUCCGUCGUGAUCUGUAGGGUAGGUACUUCCCGUUGACCUAGAAUCAUGAAAGGCAGGUAGCUAGAUAGCACAAGUAAAGGAAAAAAUGCGAGAACUGUGAAUUAGUGGUUAAAUCACGAAAAGUAAAUUAAAAUGUGUUUCAAUUUUCAAAGUAAGAUAACUAUACCAAGUGGGGUAUCACAUGAAAGGGCUUUACUUGUACAUUCUAAAACAGAUUUUUAUUUAUUUUUAAGCGUAAUAGUUUUUGAUUUAUUGUGCAAAAUGUCGGAAAAAUACCCGAGUACGGAACCCUAGGUGCGCGAGUCUGACUCGCACUUGGCCGGUUUUUAUGUAAAGCGUUAAGCUGGAGAUUGACUUGUAACAUUUAGGUAUAACUAGCUGUGCCCGCGACUUCGUUCGCGUGGAAUAGUGACUUUUCGGGCAGCAUGUACGUUAAAAAUGUUUGCCGUGAUUC